CUGUCCGCUACAUGCAAAGCCGUGGAUUUGAAAUGUUCAUAGCACAAUCGUUUUCAAAGAAUUUUGGUCUUUACAAUGAACGUGUUGGUAAUCUUGUAACAGUCACCAACUCCGAAGAAGCUAAGAGGAAGGUGAAGUCACAGAUGGAUCUGAUCGUCCGUACGAUGUGGUCAAACCCACCUAAUCACGGGGCUCGUAUUGUGGGUUCUGUCCUCAACAAUCCUGCCUGCUUCACAGAGUGGAAGGAUGAUGUACAGAAAAUGGCUAGUCGUAUCCUGUUGAUGCGAGAAACUCUGCACCAGAAAUUGGUUGCCUUGGGGACACCAGGCAACUGGGAACACAUCACCACCCAACGCGGAAUGUUCAGUUAUACUGGGCUGACAGAAUCCCAGGUCGAUGUGCUUCAGUCAAAGUACCGGAUCUACAUGUUGAGGUCUGGACGUAUCAACAUGUGUGGACUGACAUCAAGCAACAUUGAUUAUGUAGCCGAUGCCAUUCAUUCAGUUGUCGCUAAAGAUUCAGGCAACUGCCAACAAGCUGCGCUAUAAGGUCAUUCUUAAAGGUGGAUUCUUAAAGCCGUCGAAAACAUUUUUACCCCAGUCUUAGAUGUCUAUCAAUUAUUUAACAGCUUCAUAGAACUGAAUGAUGUUAUUUUGCUUCUGGUAUUAAAACAAAUUAUCAAAACUAUUGUAGAAGUUUAAAACACUUCCUUACCAAACCAUUUUAAUAAUUUUAUGAAAUCUGAUUUGAUUUUAUUAAAACACUCACAGAUAAUUAUUAGCUCACCUGGUCCGAAGGACCAAGGUGAGCUUAUGCCAUACCGUUGCAUCCGUCGUCCGUCCGUCAACAUAUAAACCCCGCAUACCCAUAUAAAAUGCCUAUGAUAUAUUGACAUAGCAAUACCAGUGACAAAUAUACUUAAUCAUCAUUCUUGUUUCAUAUCUCAUGAAAUCCGGGUGAGCGAAACAGGUCCUCUGGGCCUCUUGUGUUAUUACUAGAAAUACUGUGUACACUGUAUCAUCAGUAAGGAAUAUAGAAAUCAAGUCCUGUCGUUGUGGAUACACUGUAUACCGGUAAUAAGUUAAGUUGUAUGGCAAGUGUCCAUUCUCAUUUUCACAACUUUUUUCAAUUUAAACUGCUAGUAAUAACUCCAAAAAAAUGUUUAUUUUCAAUUACAGAAGAAAAUCUGUCAGUACUUGAUUUCAUGUUAUGAUAUGGAGGUAGUAAGGUAUAACAAAAUUAAGAUCAUACCCUCGGGGAGCGGCAAGCUGUUUCCUGAUGAAUUAAAACUACCGUAAUGUAAUGGUGGCUUUUUAUUGUCACACAUAAAGUGUAGACUGCAUAUGUUUUUGGAAGAACAUUUCUGGUAUUGCUAGAAAGAUCUCUUGUUUUACCAAUUUUAAGAGACAUUGAGAGUUUUUCUCCAGUAAUGUAUAUUUUUUCUAAACCAAGAUCAUUGAUCAAAGUUUCCUCAUUUUUGUAGUUAAGUUUUCAGUUGUACGUACAAAAUAUCAUGGUGUUAUAACAUUUAACCUUGUUGAAAUGGCAGAAUCUGUUAUUAUAUUAAAUGUUUGCAGUACAGCAAAGAUAUAUAGUUAUAAACGAUAUAACUACUAAGAAAUAAGGAAAUUUGUUAAUGACUUAAGCAAGUUUUACAGAUAUUACAGUGAGUGAGGCGACAGAAGGAGGAACUUUUACAGAUAUUACAGUGAGUGAGGUGACAGAAGGAGGAACUUUUACAGAUAUUACUGUAAUUUAGAAAUUCCAGAUUCUGUUAGAAUAGAAAUCAAGGUGGAAGUUUUAAAUUUAACUUGGACAUAAUUUUAUGUAGCUUGAGAUAAUGAUUUUGUAUGUAAAAACAAGUAGGAUUGUAGAUCCCAAGUUCCCAUGAAGUACAUAAGUAUUGGAAAGUUCGGAUUGUAGAUCCCAAGUUGCCAUAAAGUAUAGAAGUACUGUGAAUGUUACUGUACAUAUACACUUGAUUUUCUGUGUAACAGACAAGAUUAUGAAAAUUAUGAUCUGAUAUCUAUAAUUGAUAUUAGGUUCAAUUUUUUAUUUGUUCACGUUUAUUUCUGCGGCCUUAUUUUUACAAUAUUUAUUCUUUAUUAAACAGAUAGACAUACCUCAUUUACUCUAGAUAAUAAACAGAGUACUUCACAUCGUGUAAUUAACACAAAGAUUUGGGAAAUAAGAUUCUGUUUUUUUUUUUUAAAGUAAGGGUUUGAAAAAGAUCCUGUAAUAAAAUCAACACUAAUGAAAAUAAAAUUAACAUUAUUUUGUGAAAACCAGAUUUGAGGGAAUGAAAACAAUUUUCUUUAUGAAAACAAUUAGGUUUCGGAAAAUAUGUUUGUUCAUCAAUAACAUUCUUUUGUUUAUGUUUUUUUUUUUAUCUUUGAUGCUUUAUUGAGAGAAAAAAGAAUGUCAUGUGAAAAUGCUUAGAUCUAAAUGAAAAGCGCAUGCAGUCCAAUGACAAAACAUAAAAUGAUUUAAAAAUUGCUUUUUAAUUUAAUAAUAAUACUUUCCUGAUUGUCAUGUGUAAAUCAUGUAAUAGUCAGAAAUGUUUAAAGGACCACCAAAAACAUCUUUGAUAUUUCAAUGCCACUUCAUUUAAUAUGGCUAAUUUGUGAUGAAAUUUCAACAUAAGUAUUUCCUUGGAAGAGGAAAAAGUAACAGCAAGGAAUGUGAACCCUUCACAUCAGGAAACGGGGACAGAUUCUGUUUUAAAUGGCAGGGAAAUGAGAUUUGAAUCGGAUAGUGAUCGAUUCUUUCUUGCAUGGGAUGGGGAGGGUAAUUAAGACAAUGCUUGAAUUUGUGCAAUCUUUAAAAAGUCCUCAAAUUCCAUUGGUUAGGACCAUCAUCAUGAUAAAUUUAAUCAACAAUGGUUGUAUAUGCUUGGAACUGUGUUCUCAAGUAUAACUUAUACACUAGGUAUGAACUGAACAUUUCGAUUGUAAUCAUAUUGAUUAUUUCAUUAUUUUCCUAGACAUGCAUGUUUCUGUCACUACAGCAGCUGAAAGGCAUUUAUUUGUUGAGAUGAUUUAGGAAACUUAAAUAUCCUAGAACUUAAAGUUUGAUGUAGAUCAGAUAAACAACAUGCUAGUAUAUGUACACAAUUAUGGAAUGAAAUAAAUAAAAGGAAAAAUAUUUAUG